AUGUUCCCCUCGGCCGCGCCGGUUUCAGGCGGCUGGCGCGGCCCCCUGACUGAGACGCCUGUGGACCGUGAUGCCUCUACCGGUCCGCCGAACAGAGAGGUUUUUGACAUGCUGGGGCAGAGUGGCCGCCAGCGAGACAUUUUUCCGCUGCCCCCGCUGUGCCGUGAUCGCGCCGGCGCGGCGGGCCGCCGGGACCUGUCCCGGGUCACCAGGCGGCGUGGGGAGGCUGCCAAGCACAUCCUCGACUGGGGCGACGACUGCAUCGACGCCCUGAACGACUUGCACGGCCACCAGGAUCGGCCGGCGGUCCCCGCCAACGCUGGUCAGCGACACGCAGUGGAGCAUGUCGAGUCGCGAGUGCGCGCGCUGGGCAAGCCCCCACCAGAGGCAGGCUUCCGCGAGGGAGCCCUCCGUGAGCUCCUCGCGGGGACGGGGAUCUACCAGACGGGUGAUCUCUCCUCCCGACGGCCGUAUGUCAAGGAGUCCAUUUCCUGGCCCUCGCCCGACGUGCAGCCCGUCCCGCUGUGCGCCUGCCUGGGUGAGGCCGAGUCUGAGUGGCUGGGCCGCUGGCAAAGCACCUUGCUCAGGCCAGAUCAACCUACAUCCGCAGAACGUGCUGAGUUCUGCCCGCGCGGACCUUUUUUUGAUCCCAGUCUCUUCAGUAAGCCUCUGCUUUACGCCGAUUUUGUCGCCAAGCUGAUGGGCCAGUGCAUCGAGGACGGGAAGGCCGGGGUCGUGGUCGACGAGGAGGGCGCCCUGGCGGUCGCCGGCUACGUCGACAACUACGCUGCCCUGGGUCGCUCACCGGCCAUCGUCGACCGGGCCGCCCUCGCCGUCACGCGCGUGCUGACGGACAAGGGGCUGCUCACGCACGAUGAGGAGCCGGCCGCCCGCGAUGCCACCUUCGCUCCUGUGGACUCCAUCAAUGACCCCGACAAGGCCCUUGAGAACCUGCUGGUCGACAACCCCGUGGUCUUCGACGAGGUCCCCAUGGGUUUCCUGAAGUCCGACACCUGGAAAGUCGUUCAUGCCUCGAAGGCCGCCGUCGAGCGGGCGAGGAACGCCCAGCAGGUGGCCGCCUCCGCGGUGCAGACCUUCGGCCUCUCGGUCCUCGAGUCCGCAGCGAUCCGCCCGAACACGCAGAGGCAGUACCAGGACCGGCUGGCGACGCUGGUCCUCUUCUGCCGGACGUACCACCUGGACUGGGACAGCUGGGAGACGCUGGACAAUGCGGUCACCGCGCUGCUGAACCACCAGUUCCUGGACGGCAAGUGCUCGGACCUGGGGACGCAGCUGAUCGCGGCGCUGGCGCACGUCUACCCAAGGCACCUGGUCGCCCCGGUGUCGGCGGCAGGCGCGAGCUACGCGAGCUGGGGGCUGCUUCUCCACGACUUCGAGCUCGGCCAGCUGUCCAAGACCGGCACCUCGGACGACGCGGUGCUCAUCGACCAGGCCACGCGCCUGCUGCGGGAGCUGCAAGAGGUCCACAGCGACAUCUUCGGCUUCGGGAACUUUGUGAUGACACACUUCACGGGACUCGUCGAGCACGGGCUGACUGGCCCGCUUUUCGACCAGGCCCCGGCGAGCGUGAGCGUGACUCACCUGAUCCACGGCGGAGACGUCGGCGCUCACCUCGGUAAGAGGUUCGCUGCGAGCCUGGGCCGGGCAGUGCGCUUGCGGUCGCUGCUGUUCCUCGAGCUCUUCGGGGGCUGUGGCCGCGUCGCGGCCAGCGCGCAGGCCAUGGGCUACGCCGCGCUCAGCCUGGACAUCAACGGCUCACCUCUGGAGAACCAUCUCACCCCGACCUUCCUCAACAGGAUCCUGGGCUGGAUCGCAAGCGGGGCCAUCGCCGGGAUCUGGCUCGGUACGCCCUGCAGCACCUGGACCCGUGCGCUUCGGGUCCAGCUGCGGACUGCUGAGUACCCUGUGGGCCGUGGGCUGAGCACUGGUCUGGCGCUCUACGCGGCCAGCCAGGGGGCGGCGCGGUGCCCCGAGUGCACCUGCGCGCCGCAGCUGCACUGCCCGGAGCUGCGCUGCGACUGCUCCGGCCUGCAGGGCUCGAGCAGCCAGGGGCCAGGCCCCUGGUCGGCGGCGCUGGUCUGCGCCGCCAGCGGGCUCGUGGGGGCCUGCAGCGCGGUGCUGGCCUUCUGGCGCCUGAGCGGCCGCUCCCUCGGGCCGCGCGACGCGGCGCCGGCCACGGGCGGGGAGGCCGACUUCGAGGAGCAGGCGUGGGCCCAGCCCGGGGACUUCAUCGGCGUGCAGUGCAACAUCGGCGGCGUGGCGCUCAUGCAUGAGCGGCUCGUGGUGCUGGCGCCGCCUGGGCGGCCUGACAACGCGAGCAUCGUCACGCCGGACGAUGACGAUUACGAGGAGAAGUACGUGGGCUCGGCGGACGCGUUGAGGUGGGACGUCUUCCCUGGGGGCGCUGCUGGCGGCGUGAUGCCGUGGGCCCCGGGGGCCCGCUACUACAGGCUCCGCAGCCUGCCGACGCCGGCGACCAUCCUGGCGGCCGCGGCCGCCGCGGCGGGUCGGCUCGGGCCCCCCGCUCCUCCAGGGCCCAUCGUGGGCAACGCGGGUCGGCGGCCGAUCGGAGCGCCGGCCGCCGCGCCGCUGGGCGGGCUUGCGCCGCCGGGCGUGGGCCCCGCUGCCGCCCCAAUUGCCUGCGUGGCCGGGCUGGUGGCCGCCCUCGGCGGACCUGCGGCGGCGCCUGGGGCGCCCCUACCGCUCCUGCCUGCCGCCGCGGCGCCGCCGGGCGGCGUGCCUCCGCCGGCCCCCGCGCCCGCGCCCCUGCUGGCGCUCGCGGCUCCGCGGCGGAUCGGCUUCGGCGACGCGGUGGAGCGCAUGGUUGAGCACCAGUGGCCGGACUGGCCGAUCACCGGCCCACGCACGACGCUGUGGGUCUGCCAGUUCAUGAAGGACAAUGGGCUGUCGCCCCUCGGGCGCCACAGCAAGUGGAGGUCAGAGGGCCGCCUCGCGCUUACGGACGGCGGCGUGGCCGAGCACGAGCGCUGCUGCUCGCUCCUCGAGCAGAUGGUGUGCUUCGAUCAGUUGAACGUCCCGGACGUUGCGGCAGCGGAGAUGAUCUGCCAGAGCAUCCAGUCGCUGGACUCCCAUUUGUUCUACGGCACCUCGUCCAACCGUGGCAACGCGUGCGUGCACCCCCAGCUGCUGGCCCACGUCGGCGCCGAGCUGUCGAAGGAGUACGCCGUGGCAAAGGAGAGGCGCAAGGCGAGGGGGGAGCGACAGUCCGCUCGCACGCCGGGCAACGAGGACAAGAAGGGCAACAAGGACAAGGACAAGCAGACCUGCCUGAAGUUUUUGGAGGACUGCUACCUGGGCAUGGGUGCGAUGCCGAGCGAGCCAGGUUUUUGUGAAGAAGCCCUCCGCGAGCUUCUCAGCGGCUCCGCCGUCUACUCCGACGACGGCGGCGCCCGGGUCCCGUACUCCAAGGAGCUGGUCUCCUGGCCUGAGGUGGGUUCCAGCCCUGCUGACCUUCUGGGCUGCCUGACUCAGGUGUAUUCUUUUGCGAGGAAGAAGUCCGGGAGACUUCGCAUCGUGUUCGACACGAGGUACGCCGGCGCCUUCUUCCACCCGGCACCCCCGACGCGUCUUCCUACGGCGGCUGCGGUGUCUUCGGUGGAGUCGGGCUCCUCGCCGCUGUGCGUGACGAGCGGCGACCUUGACAAUGCCUUCUACCGCCUCCUGCCCAUGUCGGGCCUCGAGGACUAUUUCACUUGGCCGAGGCUGUCCUCUACCCCGGCCGGCAUCACCGAGCUCGACGGCGCCAUCUUGCCGGCGGGUGCCAGCCUAGUACCGUGCCUCACCAUGCUGCCCAUGGGGUGGUCGUGGGCGAUGCACUUCUGCCAAGCCGUGACCAUGCGGGCGAUCUCGGUGGCGGGCUUCUCGGACUCGCAGAUCGUGGAGGACGGCCGGACGAGCGUGCCCCUGCUCACCCCCACCGCCACCGCCGCCGCCUGCUACGUGGACAACUUCUACGUCUUCGGCCACGACCCGCCGCUGGUCACGCGCCGCCGCGACGACGUGUCCGCCGUCCUGCGGAGCUGGGGCCUCGCCGUCCACGAGGAGACGGACGCCGCCACGGACGCCGUGUUGGUGGGGCUGGAGCUCCGGCAGGGCCGCUGGCUUUCGGUCAAACGGCGCAACCUGUGGCGGCUUCGGGCGGCGCUCGACACCGUGCUGCGUCGGGGCUGCUGCUCGAGCAAGAUGCUGGAGGUGCUGGUCGGCCAUGUCACCUGGGCCUGUCUCAUACGCCGGGGGUUGUUAUGUGUGCUGAGCGCCGUGUACCCGCACAGGGCGGCCGGCCUUCCCACGACUUCUCGGAUGCGAGGCUCUGUUCGUGAAGAGCUCUGGUCGGUGCGGUCGCUGCUGCCCCUCCCCCAGAAGGACCUGAGCAGCCCGUGGCACGACAUCGUCGGAGUGAGCGGCGCCUCCGAUCUCGGAGUCGGCGUGGCCGCGCGGUCUGCGCAGCCGAGCGUUGCGGCGCAGCAUGGCCGCCAGUGCGAGCGUCGGCGCUGCCGUGUGCACGGGGCCGAGAGGGCGCGUGAAAGAGUCCUCCAGCCUCAGCCUCUGCCUUCCUCCACAUCAGGUACAGCUCCGCUGCCUACGGGACUGCGCGGCCUGGACUUCGCGGGGCUCGAGUCCUUCAUCAGGGUGCACCCUCGGGAGUUCAUGGAGGCCCCUCGGGAGUUCUUCGACGGGGCUCGCUGGGCCCCGGUUAUCGCCACGAGGGUCACCGUGCCCGACAACAUCUUAGGCUCGGAAGGGGACGCUUGCAUCUUGGGUAUCAAGCACAUCUUGAGGUCCAGGGCCGCCUUUGGGAAGCACAUCUUAUUGUUCGUCGACAACGUGCCUUUGGUGGCGGCGACGCGGCGGCCCUCCGGCGGCCUGUCGGUGCUGGAGCGGACGGCGGUGAGGCCGGGCACGGAGCGCCUCUACCAGGUGCACCUCCGGGCCUUCCUCCAGCUCUGCCUCGUGAUGGCGAUCGACUGGGCGAGCGAGGCCGCGAUGGACCUGGCGCUGGUCACGUACCUGAACUCGAUGCACUUCGAGGGCCGCGCCCCGAACGAGGGCUCGGUGCUCCUGGCCGCGCUGGCUCUGCCGCGGGCGACCCGCUGCCUGGCGGGCUGGCGCCGCCGGGUGCCGACCAAGAUGCGCCUGCCGCUGCCUCGCCGGGCUGCCUUCGCCAUCGCAGGGGCGCUGGCGGCGUGGGGCCAGCCGCGCAUGGGCCUGUUCAUCAUGGUCUCGUUCGCGGCCUACCUCCGCCCGCAGGAAGCGUUCCGGCUGGCGGGGCGGCACCUCGCGCCGCCGGUGGCCCACCUGGGCCAAGCCCCGACCCCGCGGGCCCUGCUGCUGCACGACUCGGACCUCCAGUUGCCAGGGAAGACAAACCUGUGGGACGAGAGCGUGCUCCUGGACCAGGCGCCCUGGCUCGAGCCCGCUCUGGAGGCGCUGAGGACUGCGGCGGGGGAAGGCCCCGCGUGGGACGUCCAGCCUACGUCGAUUGCUCGGCUCUUCGUGGAUGCGUGCCACGCCCUGGGUCUGAUGCACUUGCAGCCCCAUCUUUAUUCCCUCCGCCACGGGGGGGCCAGCGAGGACCUGCUGUCGGGCGCGAGGACGGCGGGGCAGGUCAUGCGCCGCGGCCGCUGGACCACCCUGGCCUCUCUUCGCCGGUGCGGCAAGGAGACCCGCCUCCUCUGGGGGGCUGCCAAGGUGGACCCCGACGUGCUGCUGUUCGGGGAGGUCGCGGAGCAGAACUUCCUGGAUGCGCUGCGGGGCGGGCCGGCGCUGCCGCUGGUGAUGCGCGCGGUGCCAGAGGCGCUCCGCCAGCGCCUGCUGGCAGGCCCCGGGGCCCCCGCCGCCAAGCGCGCCCGUCGGUGCUGCCUGUUUCUGGAGCUCUUCGCCGGCUGCGGCCGGAUCUCCCAGCGCGUUCGCGACAUGGGCCACGGCCGCCUGGACAUGGACAUCGCCCAGGGAGCCGUCGAGGACCACCUCAGCUCCACCUUCGAGUCGGUUGUGCGCGGCUGGCUGCUCAGCAAGGCCAUCGUGGGCUUGUGGCUGGGCACGCCGUGUACGUCGUGGUCGCAGCGUUACACGGGCGUCGUCAAGGCCUUCCGUGGCAGUUUUGGCUGGCUGAAGUGCCCGGACGUGUCAGACAAGUACUCUGGAAGGAAAUGGGUGGAGUUCAACGUGAAGGGCUUGUCCAACCACGAGAUGGCCAAUGAGGAUGACGUGAAGCAGGUGAGGACGUACCCCGAGGCGCUCGGCGAGGCCGCAAAUCUGCUGGCGCUGCGCGACGAGCUAAACGUAUGA